GCGGCGGGCGUCGGGGUGGUGAUGCUGCUGCUGCUGGUGGUGCUGAUCCCGGUGCUGGUGGGCUCGGCGGGGCCCGAGGGGCGCUACGAGCUGCUGGGCGCCUGCCGCAUGGUGUGCCAGCCCUACGCCGCCGCCGACGCCGCGCCCGCGCCCCCCACCAGCGCCGGCAGGCGGGACAGCGGCGGACCCCCGACGACGCCGCCGCCCUCGCCGCCGCCGCCGCGCCGGGGCCCGCCGGGCAAGGCGGGCAAGGCGGGGCCGCCGGGGCCGCCGGGGCCGGCCGGUCCGCCGGGCGAGCGCGGGGCGUCGGGGCUCCCCGGGCCCCCCGGGCCGGGCGGGCCGGCGCUGGGCGUCGGGGCGGUGAGCGCCGCCACCUACAGCACGGUGCCGCGCGUGGCCUUCUACGCCGGCCUCAAGAACCCGCACGAGGGCUACGAGGUGCUCAAGUUCGACGACGUGGUGACCAACCUGGGCAACGGCUACGAGGCGGCCAGCGGCAGGUUCACCUGCACCAUCCCCGGCACCUACUUCUUCACCUACCACGUCCUCAUGCGCGGCGGCGACGGCACCUCCAUGUGGGCCGACCUCUGCAAGAACGGCCAGGUCAGGGCCAGCGCCAUUGCUCAAGACGCAGAUCAGAACUACGACUAUGCCAGCAACAGUGUCAUCCUACACCUGGAUGCCGGUGAUGAGGUUUUCAUCAAGCUGGACGGAGGCAAAGCCCACGGGGGCAACAAUAACAAAUAUAGCACCUUUUCAGGCUUCAUCAUCUACUCAGACUGA